UCUGUGUUCCCGAGUGAUACCGAGAAAGCUUUCUUUCUCGGCAUUAGUUUUUUGUUUUUGUUUAUUGUUAAAAACAAAGUGAUUAAACUAAGCUAAGAUUAUAUUAUGCAAUAUAGAGUGUUAGUUCUAUAUACUAUUUGGUAGUUGGAGCGGGGAGCAGCCAUAUUUUAAACUUUAACAAGAUAAACAAAUUUUCAACUGUCGAGAGGAUAAAUUAAUAUUUUUCAAAUAUAUUAUGCUUUAAAAUGGACAGUACAAGUAAAUACUGUCCUAAUUGCUGCCAACUUUACUAUCUGAAGGCACUAUCGCCUGAAGGAUAUGGAAACCUGCCUAUUGUUUUGUCAUGUGGUCAUACCAUGUGCCAUAACUGUGUAUGCAGUAUAUUAAAAUUUGAGGAGCCUUUGGACUGCAAGAUAUGCCAGCAAGAGAUGACAAUCAGUCAAAAAGAACGGGCCAUUAUGUUGAAAAAUAAGUCAGAAUUUGACAAAUUUUUCCCAGUUAAUGUAUUCAUGUUGGGAGAACUCACACUGCAACAUCUUAAGUCUAAUAAGGGAAACAAAAAAAUUGAAAUGCCAUGCUUUAUUGACCUGGAUGCUAUCAUCAAAAGUACUAAGACAGCUGAAGGUGAAUGUACUGAAUGCCGGAGUCCAAGUGAUAAAGUCUGUCAACAAUGUGAUACAAUUUUGUGUGUUCCUUGCUUUAAUAAAUCUCAUAAGAAUUUCAUAAUUUUUAAAAACCAUGUUUUACAAAAUCUAGGAGUGAAAUUUGAUGAAAGCAACUGCAAACUGCAUCAAAAUAGACUCUUGGAAUAUUACUGUAAGACAUGCAAAAAACCAAUAUGUGUUGACUGUUUACUUCUUCCCGAUGGGAAAUUGUGCAAGGAUCAUGAUUUUGUCUCCAUUCAACAAGAGAAUCAACAAUUUCUAGCUGAAAUAAAAGAAGCAACACCUAAAGUUGAUGAGCUUUACAGAAGACUUACAAAGACUGCUGUUGAUGUUGGAAAUUUGCUUCAAAGCAUUCAAAGUGAAUCUUAUUAUUCAGAAUUGUUAAAUCAAGUAGAACAACAUUACUCUAAAUUAAUUUCACUAAUCAAAGCGGAGAAGGAUGAAGUUACAUCAAAUAUAAUAGAAAUUAAAACAUUGAAUAAGAAAUCAUUGUUGGAGCUCAAAAAUAAUGUUGAGAAUGGUAUCAAGAAGACAACUCAAUUUUUAAACAUUGUCAAAAAUAUUGAUCAUACAGAACUUCAAAAGGUUAAUUGGGCAGCUGUGUUAGAGGAUGCAAAGAAUAUCUUAAAUCAGCCCUGGUAUUUGGAAAAAGUCGAUGUAGACGAUAUCAUUCAGGUCACUGUCAAUGAAAAAAUAUGUGAUGAAGUGGAGGGCUAUGUAAAUUUGGAAGGCACAAGUGCUUCUGCAUACAAACUUUGCACGACCAGCGAAUUGGAAGAGCAGGGUAUAGAAGUGCCCCCAGCUCCGAGCGCAGCGGUUUACCCCCCAAAGAUAGUAAGAGAUGUACGUCAGGUGGAAAAGAAAAAGGAGCCGACAAAGCUAAUAUUGUAUAGGAAUGCGCCGACGUACCGCUCAAAGAGUGGAUCUUUCUCUUCCGUCAACUCCUCCAACAGCGAAGCGACAACGGAAAGUGGAUUUGAACAAUUCAUUAAGCCGAUUGUUCAGCCGGUUUCGCCCUUUCCGAAAAGUCAGCACCCAAAGCUCAAGGAAGGAAGUCAAGAAGUCAUAUACAUCUCGCAUAUAAUCGAUCCUCACAACUUCUUCGUACAAAGAGCAUGCCUUCAACCGCGGGUACAGGAAUUGCUGCAGGAGUUUCGAAACCCCAUUACCUUUCCUAGGCCCGCACCGAAUCAUAUUGCUGAAGGCAAAAUAUAUUUAAUGCACAACAAUGCAGACGAUUUGUGGCUUCGAUGUCGUAUUGUGAGCAUUGAUCGCAAGAACUCACAUACUAAAUACCGCGUGUUCACCUUCGAUUUUGGAGCCACUGAAAUUGUUACUAUCGACAAGUUGCGUGUUCUUCCACCCGCUCGCGUACAUUCCCCACCCCCUUUCGCUAUAAACUGCUGUCUCGCGAAUUGUCAACCAAAGAAUGGUACUUGGACCAGGGACGACGCUUUCCUCAUACAGAAUAUUGUUGACAACAAACAAGCCGUGAUAAAUGUGAGACACGUUCGCUCAAUGGCGGCUGAAAGCGUUACUCUAGAAGUUGAUGUGACCACUCUAGAACACGGAGUUAGCCUUGCUCAUGCCCUUGUAUUCCACUCAAGAGCCUAUUUGCCUAAUAGAUUGCCGUAUGCAAAGCUUCCUCAACUUAAAGAAAAACUUAAAAUUUUCGAUAAUAAUUAUCAUUUCCAACGAGACGGUGAGGUUGAAGUCUGCAUCACUCACAUUGAGAGUCCGGAUCGCUUCUUCGUCCGUAUGUGCCAUCUUCAAACAGUCUAUCAAGAUGUGUGUAAUGAGUUAGAACAAGAGUUCAGUACGAACAAUCAAACAGGAAUUAUAUACCUACCUGAAAAAGAUAUGGUGUGCGCCGUGAACGUUGAGAAAUAUGGCGUACGUAGCGCUGGUCGUUGGGAACGUGCACGCAUCUGUGGACUUCCAGGUCACGGGCGCGUUCGCGUAUUUUUACUUGACUCGGGAUGGACUUUACUUGUACACUGGGAUGAGCUGCGACGACUCACGGCGAGACACACUACACGGCAGGCUCUGGCAACAGAAUGUAACUUGGCGGGCAUUACACCAGUGAACAGGAAAUGGAGUCCCGAAUCUGUAAAGCUUCUGAAGGAAUUCGAGGAUUGCUUAUUGAAAUUGCGAGUGGAGGAAGCACGGUCACAUGGCUCUCUUGGCGUUAAGCUUUUCAGAACAUCAUCUGAUGAUGAUGAAGAAAUUGUCUGUAUCAAUGAGCUAGUGGUCCAUCACAAAUAUGCUAUCGCAUUUGGACUAACAAUGUUCAAAGAUAACAUAGACGACAAAUAUCACAAAAAGUUAACCAACUUACCCGAAAAGAUAGUUAAAGAACAAGAUAACAGUAAAUCUGAAUCAUCUUUCGAAGCAAUAAAUAAAGGUCCACUGCGACUAGAAGUGAAAAUACUAAAUUAUAAUUCGCCUUCGCAAAUUUACGUUUCAUUGGUCCAACAGCAAACGGCUCUUAAUGAAUUAUUUGAUAACAUUCAAAAGUAUUACACAAAUAAAACAGACCUGAAACCCAAAGACAAUUGGAAUCUCGGCGAUAGAUGCUGCAACCUUUCAAAUUCGUCAAAAACAUGGCGGCGGGCCGCUAUAUUAGAAAUUAUAGAUAACAAUGUUAAAGUUUUCUACUGUGACUUUGCCUAUGUGGAAACUGUGCCCUUGAAUGGUUUAAGAGUGCUCCCAGAAAAGUUCGCAUCUAUUGGAGAUGGAGCCAUUUUGUGUCACCUCUUUGGAAUAAUGCCGGCGGGGCAAGAAUGGCCCUCCGUAACAAAAGAGUAUUUAGGGGAAUUGCUUGAAGCAUAUUCCCGAAUAUUUAUUACUAAGACGGGCAAGUUUAAGGGCAAGAGUAUGCCCGUCGAAUUAUGGGUUUACCACACGACUCCUGGGGGCGCACUUGAUCCAGACAUUUCAGAAUGGCGAUGCCUUAACAACAAGAUAGUUGACCAAGGCCUAGCAAUACCGGAUAAAAGUGAAAUGGCCACAAUAGAAGGUUCGGAACAAGUGGGUGAUUUAUCAUUCCUAAACUUGACUGGUUCAAUUCGAGACUGGCUGCAAUUAGAACCAAUACCAACGAAAUCUUCAACAGUCGAUCCACCCCAAACCACUCAAGAAAUGACUGACAUCCAAGAAGCUGAUGCUGCACUUCCGUCUUCUGAUACUGUCUUUGAAGUAAUAUCAGACUGGUUGCCGCCGGAGCCAUUUAAGAAAAAGGAGAUCUGGGUGGUUCCCACGUACAUCGACAACAACGGUAUAAUUUAUUUACAUGACAUUGACCAGCAGGACUCUUUGGACCUUAUCCAAAAAGCUUUGUAUACGCGCUUCAAAGAUCCUGAUCCUAAAGCAAAAUUUGCAAAAUGGUCAGUUGGAGAACCAUGUAUCGCUCAAUAUUUUUUGGACAACCAAUUUUAUAGAGGCCGCGUUUUGGAAGUAAACAACGAAGCAUCGUCAUGUCUCAUACACUACGUGGAUUACGGAAACGAGGAGAUUUGUGCCUUUGAAAAUCUUAGAAAAAGCAUUGCACUUUAUCAGUUCCCUAUCCAAGCAAGCAAAUGCGUACUGAGUCGCAUAAAGCCUAAUGACAAGCAGUGGGAUACAAAAUCCUUAGAUUAUAUUCACAAAUCAAUUGUUGAUAAAGAGUGUUUUGUAAAAAUUUGUGGCGACCCCAUUGGUGGAAUUAUUCCCAUCGAACUGAAAUUUGACAAACUUUGGAUCAAUGACCAUUUAGUCGAUUUUGAGUUAGCACAAUAUACGGAUGGGUCUAAACCUAUAGUUCGUGUAUAUGCCUCAAAUGCGACUCAAGUCAAAGAAACAGAGUCCGUAGAAGACUUAGAUUCGGGUCCCGACUACAUUGUCCAUUCUAGUGAUGGACUAGAUAAUUCUGUUGAUUCUGUGACUACAUCUGAAGAUAAAAAUUUCGGACCCGUUGAUUGGAAUAAAAUUAUUGAAGAGGACUUCUAUGAAUUUAAAGAGUUUCCGAAAAAUACGGUCUCAGAAUGUUUGUGUAAAGUUACCGAACUGAACGGUAUAAAUAAAGUUGAACUAAGCAUUAUAUUUGACGAAGAUGAAAACGAACAAUACGAAAAUAUGUAUCGAAAUCUUCAACAAGAUUGUUUAAAUAUGAACGCGUUAAACGGAAUAUUAGAAAACAAGGCUUGUGUUGCAAUUUUUCCAGAUGAUGGUAAAUGGUACAGGGCGAUUAUAUUACAAUGCAACCAAAAGAAAGCACUUGUAAAGGUUCACUACGUCGAUUACGGAAAUGAAGAGAUUAUAUCUCUGGCUGAUGUGCGAGAAAUAAGUGAUGACUAUUUAACACUUCCACCUGCUACUAUCUCUGCAAAAUUACAUAAUGUUCAUAUUAAUCCAAAUAUAGAUCCAGAGCAAGUUAUAGAUGAAAUGGUGGCCAUAUUUGCUGACAGUGGUCCUUUUCAUACUAAAAUUAUAGAUAAUGACGCUGAAAUUCCUUCUGUUGAAAUUCGUGAUGAUGACCAUAACUUAGUUUAUGACGUGUUAUUUAAAAAAGACAUCUUUUUCCACUCUGACAAAAUUUCAUAAAUAAGUUAUUACAUGUUUAAAUUAUAUUUUUGUUGAUGAUAUAUUGCAUAUAGUAAUGUUAAAAAUAAAGUAAACGUAUUACAAUGCGGUUAAUGAUUAUAAUCUAACUUGUUUUCUUUAACAAAAAAGUAUCUUUAAUUUUAAUUCCAAGAAGAGUGUGGACCUAGUUAAAGCGUGCGACUCCGGAAGCCGUUCGUUCAAAUCACGGCUGUGCACAAAUGGAUUUUCUUUCUAUGUACGCAAUUUACAGUCACUUUAAAGAAAAACCUGUCAAAAGUGUUGUUAUAUGUGUGAUACCUUCGUUAAUAAAAUACUUUAUUAUCUAUUGAUGAAGUUUAUAUCUUACUCCUUACUAUAAUAUGUUUAGUGUCAAUUUUAAUUUUUUACAUGAGCUCUAUACUUUAGUAGCGUGCGUAUAUAACAUAAAUUAGGUUGUGAACAUAUUUCUUACUAAUUUAAAUUGAAUUAGCUUCGUGGUUACUCGGUCACCAUUUAAACAAAAACCGGUAAAAAAAUUAUAAUUGGCUUUUCUUAGCUUGUCCCAUGCUGUGUGCUGGA